AAAGUGGCAAAAAGUAAAAGAGAAAAAAAGAAGAAGGUGAAAGCACACCAGUACAUCCCAAUGAUUUAUUAUUAAUACAUUUAUUAAUAAAAAAAGCAAGGCAACGCAAAACAAAACAAAGAGAGAAACGGCUUGCCUUUAAAGAUAUAUAAUAAUAAUUUGAGUUGUGAAAAUCUCCGAAUCUUGCUCCUCAGCUGGCUGGCUGACUUCCUCAACUCACAUCUGCCGGUCCCCCUUCGCUGACAUGCGCACCGAGAAAACUUUCCUCUUUUGUUUUCAAACAUUUCCUCUUUCGUGUGCAAAACUAAUAUUUUUUUUAAUUUUCUCGGUUUUCAUUUAAUUGAUGUUUCAAAAAAGCACGUUACUCCAAAUUCCAAACGUUACAACACAACACAAACAGACCAGACCAAACCAAACACACUCUCUCUCUCCAUGUCCAGUCUACAAUUGAAAUAUCUUUUGUGGGUCGGCUGGAGUCCAACAGCUACAGCCUAGAUAGGCUUGAAGAUAUACAUGCGUGUCAUUUGUGUUCAACUAGUUACUAUUUUUAUUAUUUAUUUUUAGUAUUAAUAUCUCAGGACAGGGUGAGCGGGGAGGGUGAGGUGAGGGUGAGGGAGAGGGUGGAGGCUGGGUGAGUCGAUGAUGAUGAUGAUGGUUUUUUAAAAAAUAUCUGAUGAAGGGAAAACUCACACGUGUUGAGCGGAGAUUCAGUCUAGUAGUAUGUUUGGAAGGCAUGGAAAUCGAAAAAUUGGAAAAGACUCAGAACAGACACACAGACAGAAACAGAAAUUAAGCGACAAUGGGACGAGGGAAGGUGCAACUGAAGCGAAUCGAUGACAAGAUCCGGCGUCAAGUGACUUUCUCCAAGCGAAGGAGCGGCCUCAUCAAGAAGGCUCGCGAGCUCUCUGUGCUCUGCAGCGUGGAGGUGGGCCUUAUCAUCUUCUCCGCCAAGGGAAGGCUCUACGAGUUCUGUAGCGGCGAGAGUUUAGGAAAGGUUCUUGAGCGUUACCAGAUACAUAAUGAUGAAGAAAAUGCUGCUCCCAAGAGUGGUGGUGGUACUGGCAAGGUGCAGAAGAAUCCUUCAGAAUGGAAUGGCCUCUGCGCAGGCCCUAACCGGUCACUGAAAACGAUUCAAAGUGAGUUGGAAGCACAAAACAUUGAAAAUCUGGAUGUGACAGAGCUCACCCAACUUGAGAAGCAAUUGGAUACACUAUUAAGACAAACAAGAUCAAGAAAGACACAGCUGAUGAUGGACAGCCUAACAGCUCUUAUUGAGAAGGAAAAACAACUGCAAGAAGAGAAGCUUCUCAUGGAAAAGGAGAUUGCAGAGCUGAAGGAGCAGAAGAACAAGGAACAAGCUGAGGAAGCGGAUCAGCAGAGUUGUUCUGCUAACAACAACAACAAUAGCGAUGACAAUGCUCCUCCCAGACAGACGAUGCUCCAUUUGUUCUGACUUUUCCGAGGGAAGGGGGUGAAAAAAAUGUGGCAACACCUCCGGUUGCCACGCCUAAGCUCGAGUGGACAUUUGUCUCGAGAUUGUCCGGUCAGAUAGACCAAUUGCAGGGCUCAGUGGCUCAGUUUGUAUGUUUGUAUCAUAUAGGUGUGAUUUGUAUGAGUUGAAUUUGUAGGCCACCGCCGUGUAAUAAUAAUAAUAUGUACGUAUCAUA